AUGUCUACCGACGCCGCUUCGACCACCCCGGCUGCCUCCGAGGCUCCCGCCACCGCUUCGUCGCCUGCCCCGGCCGCCGACAACACCCCGGCUCCCGCUGCUGCUGCUGCUGCCGCCGACAACAAGGACGAGGCCAAGCCUGCCUCGUCCGAGUCGAACGCUGCUCCCGCCGCGGAAAACCAGGGCUCGUCGUCCUCCAACACGGGCCCGUCGCCCUCGACCUCGCUCUACAUUGGCGAGCUCGACCCGACCGUCACCGAGGCCAUGCUCUACGAGAUCUUCUCGAUGAUUGGCCCCGUCGCCAGCAUCCGUGUCUGCCGCGACGCCGUUACACGUCGCUCGCUCGGCUACGCCUACGUCAACUACCUCAACUCGGCUGACGGCGAGCGUGCCCUCGAGCAGCUCAACUACUCGUCGAUCAAGGGCCGCCCGUGCCGCAUCAUGUGGUCGCAGCGCGACCCUUCGCUCCGCAAGAACGGCGCCGGCAACAUCUUUAUCAAGAACCUCGACGAGAACAUUGACAACAAGGCCCUCCACGACACCUUUGCUGCCUUUGGCAACAUCCUCUCGUGCAAGGUCGCCGUCGACGGCCAGGGCAACUCGCUCGGCUACGGCUUCGUCCACUACGACACGCCCGAGGCUGCGCGCGCCGCCAUCGAGGGCGUCAACGGCAUGCUCUUGAACGACAAGGUCGUCUACGUCGGCAUCCACAUCCCCAAGCGCGAGCGCCAGGCCAAGAUUGACGAGAUCCGCGCCCACUUCACCAACCUCUACAUCAAGAACGUCCCGCUCGAGGUCGACGAGGCCGAGUUCCGCGGCCUCUUUGAGCCAUUCGGCAAGGUCACCUCGGCCGUCAUCACCAAGGACGCCGAGGGCAACUCGAAGGGCUUUGGCUUCGUCAACUACGAGAGGCACGAGGACGCCGCCAAGGCCGUCGACGCGCUCCACGACAAGGACUACAAGGGCCAGAACCUCUACGUCGCGCGCGCCCAGCGCAAGAGCGAGCGCGAGGAGGAGCUCAAGAAGUCGUACGAGCAGAAGAAGUACGAGGCCAACCUCAAGUACCAGGGCGUCAACCUCUACGUCAAGAACCUCGACGACGACAUCGACGAGGAGAAGCUCCGCGCCGAGUUUGAGCCGUACGGCCAGAUCACGUCGUGCAAGAUCAUGUCGGACGACAAGGGCGCGAACAAGGGCUUCGGCUUUGUCUGCUUCUCGGCUCCCGACGAGGCCACCAAGGCCCUCACCGAGCUCAACGGCAAGAUGCUCGGCACCAAGCCGCUCUACGUCGCCCUCGCCCAGCGCAAGGACGUCCGCAAGCAGCAGCUCGAGGCCCAGGUCGCCCAGCGCCAGCAGAUCCGCGCCCAGCAGAUGCAGGCCGCCGGCAUCCCCGGCAUCCCCCCUUACAUGCCCGGCGCGCCCAUGUACUACGGCCCGGCUGGCUACCCUCAGCCCGGCGCGCGUGGCCCGAUGGGCUACCCGCAGCCCGGUCCUGGCGGCAUGCCCCGCCCGCGCUUCUACGCCCCGCCCAACAUGCCCGGCAUGCCCCCGAUGCCCUACCCGCCCCAGCAGUUCGGCCAGUACCCGCCUCCUCCCCCUGGCGCUGCGGGUCCUCGCGGCGCAGCUGGCGCUCCCCCCGCUGGCCCGGGUGGCCGCCCCGGCCAGCCUCCCGCGAUGCCGGCUGGCGUCCCUCCUCCUCGUGGCGGACCCGUCCCGAACGGCGCGCCCAUCCCCCCUCGCGGCGCUCCCGUCCCGCCCAACGGCGUCCCCCGCCCGGCGGCGCAGGCUGGCCAGCCCCCUCAGCGCCGCCCGCGCGCUGACGAGCAGAAGGCCCAGGGCGGCUUGACCGCUGCCAUGCUCGCCAACGCUGCUCCUCAGGAGCAGAAGCAGAUGCUCGGAGAGGCCCUCUACCCGCGCAUCCACGCUUCGCAGCCCGAGCUUGCCGGCAAGGUCACCGGCAUGCUUCUCGAGAUGGACUCGUCCGAGCUCCUCUACCUCCUCGAGAACGACGAGGCCCUCGCCGCCAAGGUCCAGGAGGCUCUCGACGUCCUCGCCGAGUACAACCAGCGCCAGACCGGCGACGAGGCCUCCGGCGAGGAGGCUCCUGCUGCCGCCCCUGCCGCCGAAGCUACCGAGGAGGCUUCGGCCUAA